AUGAACAAGUUAGCAGUGUUUCUCUCCCUGCUUUUGGUGGUCCACGAAGUCCAUGUUUUCUCCAUGGCUCUAGCACCUGCUGCAUUCAAGCCUGCCCCUGCACCCAAGCCUUCCCCUGCUCCGUCACCUGCACCAAAGCCUACACCCAGGCCUGCCCCUGCUCCGUCUCCCAAGCCAUCACCGAAGCCUUCCCCUGCACCAAAACCAUCACCGAAGCCUUCCCCUGCACCAAAGCCCGCGCCUAAGCCUAAGCCUGGUCCCUGUCCCGCACCAACGCCUUCCCCUGCUCCUGCGCCUGCCACUUGUAAAACACCUAGAGCCUUUUAUCCCUGUCUCGGACUGUUGAUUCGUCCAACUCGUUGGGGAGUUCGUCUCUGUUGCUAUGCGAUAAGAACACUGCCAGAAUGCAUUUGCCCCUUUAUGAUGAGCCCUGCAGUUAAAAUGCACAUGACUCCUGUUACUGGAAAGAUUUUAGGACAUGUUUGUCGCUAUGACCUUCCAGACUGCUCCAACAAACAAUAG